AUGUUUGAAAAGUUCCCCAAGAUCUAUAAUGUCUACUUUUUGGCAAUUGUUGCCACGAUGGGAGGUAUGCUCUUCGGAUUUGACAUCUCAUCGAUGAGUGCCAUCAUUCCAUCCGACCAGUACCUCGACUAUUUCGACAACCCAUCUGGUGUUGUCCAGGGAGCCAUCGGCUCGGCACUUGCUGCUGGAUCGGUAGUCGGUAGUGCUAUGGCUGGUCCCAUCUCUGACAAGUUUGGUCGUCGCGAUGCUCUUGUGUUCGCCUGUCUCUGGUGGCUUGUCGGCACCGCCAUACAGGUCGCUUGCACUGGUCGCGGCAUGCUCAUUGCCGGUCGUGUCUUAAACGGAGUAACAGUCGGUAUCACGUCAUCUCAGGUGCCUGUGUACCUUGCCGAAAUCUCGAAACACUCGCAGCGUGGUGCCAUCAUCAUCAUUCAACAGCUCGCUAUCGAAUGGGGCAUUCUUAUCAUGUACUUUAUCGGUUAUGGCUGCACGUUUAUCCCUGGCGCCACCGCUUCGUUCCGCACUGCCUGGGGAAUCCAGUUCGUUCCUUGUGUCAUGUUCAUGAUUGGCCUGCCAUUCCUUCCUGAGUCUCCCCGAUGGCUCGCCAAGGUCGACCGCACAGAAGAAGCGAUCCGUAUUCUUGCCGCCAUCCAAGCCGAUGGAAACAUAGAAGAUCCUUACGUUAUCGCCGAAUACGAAGAAAUUGUAACCGCCCUUACUGCUGAGCGUCUAGCUCCCCAAGGAUGGAGAAAGUUCGUUGUGAACGGCAUGUGGAAGCGAACGCUUGCCGGUUUCUCUGUCCAAGCAUGGCAACAGCUUUCGGGUGCCAAUGUCAUGACCUACUACGUCGUCUACAUAUUCGCCAUGGCAGGUCUCCAAGGCAAUACCAAGCUCAUCUCAUCUGGCGUACAGUACGCCUUGUUCAUUAUCUUCUCUUCGAUAAUGUUCUUCUUUGUCGACAAGAUUGGCCGCAGAACACUUUUGGUUUGGGGUGCAAUCACGAUGGCCUUUUGCCAUUUUGUUGUUGGUGGAGUUUUGGGAGCCCAUUAUACCUAUGUACCCGAUGGUGUCGGCGGCGACAAAAACGUCGUCAUGGAGGUUACCGGAUCGCCCGCGUACACUGUCAUUGCGUUCUCGUACCUGUUGAUCAUCAUCUACGCGCUUACGCUUGCGCCGAUUUGCUGGGUCUACGCCGCUGAGGUGUGGUCACUAGAGACCCGCGCCUCCGGAAUGGGCAUAGCUGCUAUCGGAAACUGGCUAUUUAAUUUCGCCAUUGGACUCUUCAUUCCGCCCGCCUUCAUCAACAUUAAAUGGGGGCUUUUCGUAGUCUUCGGAGUACUUUGUGUUCUGGCAUCCAUUCAAUUCUUCUUCACAUACCCUGAGACUUGUGGCAAGACUCUUGAAGAGAUUGAAGUCUUGUUCAGCAAAGAGGGCCCACAUGCUUGGCAGACCAAGAAGGGCAGCUCCCACCUUGCUCAGGACGUCGAAAACGUUGUAGCUUCGCAAGCCAAAGGCGACGCUCUUGCCACUAUUGAGAACAUUGCCAAGAAGGAGAAAGACGAAACUCAGACGACGGAGGCUGUAUGA